AUGUCAGCGUCCAAGGCGGCCCUCAAGGCCAUCAACGAUGCGAUCAAGCAGCAGAAGUUCGAUGACGCCAUUGAACGAGCCCAGGACUUCCUCCAGAAGGAUCCCAAAAAUUACAACGCUCUCGUCUUCUUGGCCUUUGCAUUUGACAAGAAGGACAGGCUAGACGAGGCUGAGAAGACGUACGAGGCUGCUGCCAAACAGAAACCAAGUGACGCUACAGCCUGGCAGGGUCUGGUCAAGCUCUAUGAGAGGCAGGGCGGCAAGAAGCUGGCAAACUACCAGAAUGCAACUAUCCGACUCGCUGAGAGCUUUAGAGACUCGGAACAGACCUACAAAUACCAAAAGACUGUCGACGAUUUUAUUGGUUUCGCUCGCACUCAUGGCGACCCUCACCAAUACGUGGAUGCCUUGAGCCUGACACUUCCCGACAGCCCUGUCUAUUCCGCAGUCGAGGGCCGUACUCGCCCUGCAGAGACAUACGAGACCAUCGCCAAGAUCCUUGAGGUCCACGAGAAGAAGGAGAUCAACACCCUUAUUGGGGAGAGGAGGACAAGAAUCGGCGCCAGGGUCAACGAGGUCACCGUGGAGGUGAAGCGUGAGGUGCUUGGGGGCAGUAGGCUAGGCCAGAUCUACCGGGAGAUUAUAAACUGGUCCACCGACGAUGAUGUCCGCCGCCACUAUGAGGAGAAGCUCCUGCAGCACUGUUAUGAGCGGCUCCUUGUCUUUCCUCCCGGCCCACAGAAGUCCGAGGAGCUUAAAGUUGUGCUCAAGCUGGCUGGAGACAUGGUCAUCAUCAAGCAUCCCUUCCGGCUCGCUUGGGAGAUCACCAUCGACUGGAGAGAUUUCAAGGAAACUAAAGAAUGGGACGCUGGGGUGCUCAGAGACUACUGCAACUUCUUUCCUGACACUGAUCUUUGCAGUGUCAUCACGGCCUACCUCAGCAGCGAGAUCUCUGCAUUUCCCAAAAUGGAGCCUGCUGGCGAUUCAGUCACCAAGGACGAGCAAGUUGAAGACGAUAGUGAGGACGAUGACGAUGGCGGCGCCCCGACCAAUGUCAUUCCCCUGACCGAAGAGGAUCGCUUGCUCAUGAUGUCGGAAGGCGUACUGACCGCCCAGUCUCUAUUGUCCUACCGCCUUGUCGCCGAGUACUAUGAGUCCUUGCAAGAGCACGAAGCCAACGUUGAGAUGCUCCGCAAGGCGAUGGCCCUACUCAAGGAGCGACAGACCACAACCGGCAUGGAUUUCCAGAACACAAAGGACAUCUUCCAUCUGCAUCUUGCCACGGCGCUAGUUUUCUGGCAGUCCCCGCGGCAUCACCAAGAAGCCAAAGCACUCUUUGAUGGCGUUUUGGCUAGGGACCCAUUAUCAACAAAGGCGUUGAUCGGCGUGGGUCUCAUCUAUGAGGAGGAGGAAGAAUACGGAGAAGCCGUCGACUUCCUAGAGCGAGCCCUAGAGAGGGAUCCGGAAAAUCUCCGUGUUCGGUCGGAAGCAGCCUGGGUUAAAUCUCUCAAAGGCGACUAUGCUGCAAGCGCAGCUGAGCUGGAGCGCUGUUUACCGCUGGUCGCUGCCAAGGGCGACGCUUUCAAGGACCUCCUGGCUCAGACCCAAUAUCGUCUAGGCGCCUGCAUAUGGAAUCUGGACACGUCCAAAGCUGCUCGGAAGAGCCGAGACCCCGGCAGCGCUUACCUAUACUUCUUGGACGCCCUGAAGAGCAACCUGACUUUCGCACCGGCUUACACCAGCUUGGGCACCUAUUACGCCGAUUACGCUCGGGACACGAAGAGGGCCAGGAGGUGUUUCCAAAAGGCGGUGGAACUUUCCUCUUCAGAGAUUAUCUCUGCUGAGAGGCUUGCACGCUCGUUCGCCAACGAGGCUGAUUGGGACCGGGUCGAACUUGUUGCUCAGCGUAUUGUGGAUUCUGGCAAGGUGAAACCGCCUCCCGGCUCCAAGAGGAAGGGAAUCAGCUGGCCCUUCUCAGCUCUCGGUGUUGCAGAGCUGCACAAGCAAGAAUUCCACAAGGCCAUAGCCUCGUUUCAAGCUGCCCUCAGAAUAUCACCAGACGAUUACCAUUCCUGGGUUGGACUCGGGGAAAGCUACUACAGUUCUGGCCGUUACAUGUCGGCUACCAAGGCAAUUCAAAAUGCGCGGAGGCUGGAAGAAGAGCAGUCCAAGUCGAUCGAUCCCAGCGAGAUCUGGUUUACCAAGUUCAUGCUUGCCAAUAUCAAGCGUGAACUUGGGGAAUUUGACGAGGCGAUUGCUCUGUAUCAGGACGUGAUGCAGGGCAGGCCCGACGAGGAAGGCGUAGCCAUCGCUCUCAUGCAGACCAUGGUCGACAGCGCCAUGAAUCAUCUGGAGAAAGGUUUCUUUGGCAAAUCAGUGACCACCGCGCAGGACGCCUUGGCAUUUGCCGUCAUCGCACCAGAGGGCACCAAGGAGACCUUCAACUUCUGGAAAGCGGUGGCGGAUUCCUGUGCUGUAUUCAGCAGUUCACAAAGUCGGGCUUCUGAUCUUCCUCUUGAGGCCAUCCACACCUUGCUUGGGGACGGAGAGGACAGGUCAGAAUUUGAGUUGUUGAAGGACAUUGAUCGAGUUGACGACACGGUUGUCUUUGCACGUGGCCUCUUUCCGGAUAAUGAGAAGGUAGGCGUCGACCUCACACGCGCCAUCCAUGCGACAAUUCUUGUACACAAGCGUGCAAUACAUGCGGCAGCGCAUGAUGUACAUGCACAGAGUGUGGCCUUCUAUAACCUGGGAUGGGCCGAGCACCGGGCUCAUGUGUGCUUGCCAGAGAACCUGAAGAAGAAAUUCAGCAGGUACCUCAAAGCUGCCAUCCGGUGCUUCAAACGCGCCAUCGAACUCGAAGCCGGUAACUCAGAGUUCUGGAAUGCGCUCGGCGUAGCGACCAGCCAGAUCAACCCUGCCGUGUCUCAACAUGCCUUUGUUCGCAGUCUCCACCUGAACGAGCGGGAUGCACGGGCGUGGACCAAUCUAGGCACACUGGGUCUUCUCCAGAACGAUCUGACUAUUGCCAAUGAGGCAUUCACCCGGGCACAAUCGACAGAUCCUGAUUGCGCCCACGCUUGGCUGGGCCAAGGAUUCGUCGCUCUACUUGCGCACAAGGAUAGCAAGGAGGCUGUCAGGGAAGCACGUGGGCUUUUUACGCACGCUAUGGAAAUAGCCGAGUCUUCCUCACUGGCCUCUAGGCAGCACUACUCGCUGUCAAUGUUCGACCACGUUCUCGCGACACCGUCCAGCCUCAGAGUCACACCUCUCAUUCAGUCCAUCUUUGCUCUGGGCCAGCUGCGGGCCCUCAAACCUCAGGAACUUGCAUAUGGGCACCUCUGCACGCUGUUUCAGGAGCGGACUUACGACACACAAAAGUCCGUCGUGACUUUGGAGGAGAUCUGCUCCAGAUUAGAGGGGGAUUACGAAGUGACUGAAUCCCCUCAGUCUCUCAAGAGGUUUGCGAUGGCAAAGGCAGAUCUCGCAAGAGCUUAUUUGGCCACAGAAUCAUACGAGAAAGCUGUCGAUUGCGGAGAGAUGGCUCUGCAGCUCAGUAGUGAUGAGUCAGACAACGAGCUGACGACGGAGGAGCGAAGGAAAACGAGGCUAUCUGCGCACUUGACCGUGGGUCUGGCUUAUUAUUACAAGAAGGAAGUUGCUCAGGCGGUGGUUUACUUCGACUCGGCCUUGCAGGAGUCAGACAAUAAUCCCGACGCUGUAUGUCUUCUUGCGCAAGUUCUCUGGGCUACCGGCUCCGAAGAGGCCCGGGAGAGGGCUCGAUCCGUGCUUUUUGAUGUGGUUGAGCAGCGACCCGACCAUGUACAGUCGGUCCUUCUCCUAGGUGUCAUUGCUAUCCUGGAUCAAGACGAAGAGAGCCUCGAGGCUGUGAUCUCGGAGCUCGAAGGUUUGCGCACCCACGAGAAGACAUCGCCUGCAGAACAGUUCCAAAUCGGAGGGGUUCUCCAGUCGGUGGCAGCGCUCUCAGGAAAGGACGCACAUGAGGCUCUUUUAUCACAGGCGCAGACGGAUAUUAUGCUGUGUCCACACCUCCCCCACGGCUGGACUCAUCUUGGGGACGUGGCUGACGCAGAUCACGAGUACCCUCGAGAGCUCGCAGUCACAGUGGCAAAUCAGGCCGUUCCACCCAAGGGCGAGCUAGGCGCAGAGGAUUUGGCUGAUACAUAUGCUGUGACUGGCAAGUCCGCGGAUGCUCAGAUCAGCAUCAUGUUUGCACCUUGGUCAGACCAGGCAUGGCAAGGUCUGGUGAAGGCCGUGCGUGUUUCGUAGAUGUAAGUAAAUAGUCACCGUCAUGCGAAUUCAAAUACAAGAUCACCGUU